GAAAUUGAAAGACGUCACACAACAGCACAGGGGACCAGGAGAUGUCCAUUCCCCCAGCAGGUCUGCUUUCAAGUUCAGCAUUUGAAGGUAACUCACGAGAAGAUGCUGUUCCUCCACUUCAUUAGGAUCAUUCUGUUUUCUUUGCAAACUGCUCCAUCACAGGGAUCUUCCGAAAUGUCACAAAAGCUGCCACGGAUCUUGGCAUCUCCUGGAGACACUGUAGACAUCAGCUGCAGCCAUCUAGAUGGAUCUUCAUACUGGACAGUGAUUUGGUGCAGGGAGAACGAAGGCAAAAGCCUGCACAAGAUUGGCCAGAGUUCUUGGUACUCAAAACUGGAAGGCAAAUACUCAAGUAAAGGGCACAAGCUGAUCAUCAGGAAUGCCCAAAGGAACGACUCUGGAGUGUAUUACUGUGCUGCUAGCGCCGGUCAGAAUUUCAGGUUCACAAGCAGGACUCGGCUGAUCAUCUCUGAUCCUUCUAGGCCAAGUCUUGCCAUCUUUACGCCUUCCUCCCUGGAGGAGUCUCAGCGUCACAACAGCCUCCCCCUCCUCUGCGUCUUCGACAAUGCAGACUCUGAUUGGGAUUUCAUCUCCUGGAAUAUUAGUGGGGAACCAUCUCAGGACCAGAAUUUUGGGGACAUAACAAAUGAGGAAGGAAACGUCAGCAUUUGGAGUUUGAAGCUGAUUCCUCCAGCGGCAGAGACCGAACGGGUGUCUUAUACUUGCUCAGCCCCAGCAUCCCCAGUGCUAACCUAUCCAGGAAACUGCAUCCCUCUGUGGUAUCACAGGGUACCCUGCCUUGUCCUCCUCCUGUCAAUUCCCCCAUUGGUCCUGUUCAUCAGAAAGCACCAUGAUGGAGGGAAUCCAGAGCAACCAGCAAACCAAGUGUCCAACAAGGAGAUGCCACAGGAAACUGCAGCAGUGUCUGGUGACCAUCGAGGCCAAGGUCAGGACAGCUAAUGGCUGCAGUGGCGAAAAACAAAAGGAUUACUUCCAAGGGGAAGUGGAAAGAGACAGAGAAAAUGCUAGCACUCAAGACUGUUUGCUAACUUGUAUUAAA